GAGUAGGGGGGGGAAGCUCGCGCGUGUUCUUACUUUUUUACUACAAUUUCCAUGCAGUUUUUGUUACUAUUUAUUAGUAAUAGAAAGCCAGGAAAUAACCGCUAUUGCGACUUUGUUGCGGUUAGUUUAGAAGACCGUUUCCCCUCCUGAUGUUGGUAUGAUCCAGUAGAGUGAGUGGGUGACUUGGUUGGGGAUGUCCAUGCUGCUUUAGUUCAGGGUAAGAAGGGGAGCUGGCAUCUUCCUUGUUUCCUUCAAGAGUACAGCUUCAGGGGCACCAUGACUGAAGAGGAGCAGUUUGUGAACAUUGACUUGAAUGACGACAAUAUAUGCAGCAUCUGCAAGCUGGGCACUGACAUCGAGACCCUGUCGUUCUGCCACAUCUGCUUCGAGCUGAGCAUCGAGGGAGUAGCAAAGUCAGAUCUUCUGCACACCAGAUCGUUACGAGGUCACAAAGACUGUUUUGAGAAAUAUCACCAAAUUGCAAACCAAGACUGUUCCCGGUCCAAGCUUACCAAGAGCCCCUACGAGGAAGUAAAAACUAUUCUCGGCAAAAAAAUAAACUGGAUCGUCCAAUAUGCACAAAAUAAGGAUUUAUAUUCCGAUUCGGAGUGUUCCAAACCUGCUCAACAUAAGCUUUACAAAUUCAGACAUCUGAAUGACAGGAGUCUGAUUCCCCAGCAUGACUCGCAGGUUCCCAAGUAUUCUGAAAAGUGGUUGGACGCUGGAGCUGGAGCUAUAGCCUCGUGUGGAAAAGAGGUUUUAGAGCGGGACGGCAGGGGUUUCAACGUGAGCGAGCUACAGAAUGCCAACUCCACUUUCUGCCGUAAUCAGCUGUGGCUGAAUCCCUGCAAGGAACAAAAGCCUGAUGACUCUAACCACCCUGGACCCAACGUUCGGCGAAGACGCCAGCAUUACAACAAAGAAGAACUGAGCUCGAUGAGCAGAGAAGAACUGGGACGCUUAAAUGAUCAUCUCCGCCGGCAACUCCAGGAUGUAUUUGAAGACCUCAGUUGCGUUCUACAGGAAAAAGAUGCACUCUCCUCGGAACUCCAUGUUCGCCACGUCGCCAUAGAACAGCUGCUAAAAAACUGCUCAAAACUGCCAUGUCUCCAGAUGGGACGGGCAGGAAUGAAAGUUAACAUGACAAUCAAUAACUAGGUGAUGGGACACAAACCUGCACAAGGAACACCCAGCUGGCCUCAAGUAGAUCUCAUGCAACUAUCUUUUUACAUUACUUCUGUCCAGUGAUAAACUCAGACUCUUUGGUUGGUGUUUCCACUCUUCAUUUGGUAUUUAAAAAAAAAAAAAAAAAAGCCAUUCCUAUGGGUUUAAAUGAAAUUUGGUUUGUCUUUUGGCCUGGGAUAACUUGAAAUUAUGGCUCCAUAUGUGGUAUGAGGAAGACCAAUAAGUAGCAACACUGAGGUAUAUUUACUUAAGAAGGGCUGUGCCCAUCUCUCCACCAGCUAGUGUUGUCAACAGAGGUUCUCUUUUGGGUACACCAUCUAAAUAGACCACUUGUCUUACCAAAUCCUACAAAUUGAGGCAAUAACUCCAACUUUUGCUCCUUGAGGAAUUAAAAACCUUCAGAUAUUAUUAUUAUUUUUUCUUUAAACUGGUCAGUAUUGUGACAAAUCAUGAAGCUAUUGUGCCUGUUUGGGCUAAGGACUAAGGCAGAUGAGAUGAUGCGUUCUUUCUAUCGGCAUUUAUACUUGUAUAUUGUUCUUCCAAGAAGCAGCUGCCGUCUGUGUACUUUUUUAGACAAGAGUCUUGUAACUUGCAGAAGAUGGAUUGUUUCCUUCUAAGAAAAAAGAAAA